AUGAAUAGUCUAACUAUUGGUGACAUUGUUCAGAAUUCAGGACAACGUGCUAUUGUUCGUUGGCUUGGUUUUAUCGAAGAAAUAUCGAUAAUCGGUUUGCAAUUGAUUGAUUCGAUAUUACCUGGCUAUACUGAUGGUACUUGUCCAUUUGAUAAUAAGCGUUACUUUAAUUGUCCAAAUGGACAAGGGAAAUCAAAUAAACAAUCCGUGCCAACAUCUUCAGUAAAUGUAUCCAUAGCUCAACAACCAAUUCGAUCAUUUUCUUCACCAACUAUUUCUCAAAUUGAACCUCCGUUAGAUAGUAAUCAUGUGAUAUCACCAUCACGUGGUGUUCUAAGUCGAUUAACAUUCGAACGAGAACAACGAAGAAUUCAAAGGACUUCAUCCACAACUGACGACAAAGAUACAUUCAAUCAAACAUCAUCAUUAGAAUCAGAUCCAACACCAUCACGCAUAUAUCGUCCAGAAAAUUAUAGAUCAACAUUCAAUGAUAAACCUGAAGAAUCGCAAAUUGGUGAAUCAACUUUAGAUCGCAAUGAGAAUACGAAUAAUGACGAUGAAAACAAGAAUACUUGCCCUGUAAUUCAAAUAGCAAGUGAUAACGAUCAAUUAUCAUGCACACAGAGUUUACCUUCAUUUGGUCAAGAAUAUUUCCUUGAUAAUUGGUCACUUAGUCGUGUAAAAACUUUACUAGAAAAUCAAAUUCCCAUUUCUAAUCAAUUAUACUUAAGCAUAUCUGAUGAUCAAUGUAAUGUACAAAGUUUAAUCGAUGAACAAAUUACUGGAUAUGAACCUUCUACACCUAAUGAACCACCCAAUGAUGUUUGUAUUGAACUUAUUAAAUUAUUCAAUCGUGUCGAAAUAAUAUUUCCAUCACGUACUAUUCGUUUAUAUAAUAACGAUUAUUUAUUAUUGGCUAUAUUAUGUUCAAAUAAUCAAUGUGCUUACAUACGAACAGCAGAUGGUUGGGCUUAUAUAGACGAUGAAUGUGAUCAUGAACAAUCAAUUGUUAUUGAUGAAAUCUCACAAAUGAUUAACGAUUCAAAUAAUGAUAUUCAAAUAAAUUCUGAACAAUGUCUACAUGUACUUAAAAAUGCUUCGUUUUUAUAUUAUAAACUUGUUUAA